AUGACAAUCACUGUAGUGUAUGAUAACUCUGAAGCUAUGGAGCUCUGUGCUUCUCAGGAUCUGUAUCUUAAACCAGUAGCAAAACUGACUAUCAAUGUGGUGUUUCCAGAACACACAGAAUCUACCCGAGCUUUCUCUAAGUGGGAAGUGAUGGACAAGCUGAAGAACAUGAUUUGUCCAGACCAAUUUACUACUGUUAGGGUUUCAAAGAGCACUAAGGAUUUCAUUCGAUUUGAGGGAGAGGCAGAAACUAAAAGGUUGAUCCUCACACUUAAGGAAAAACUGCAUGGAAAGGUAAUAAAACUGAAUGGUUUUAAAGAUGACUUGAAGGUGAUGGCCACCGAGGCACAAGCUGACUUUCCAACUCCACAAGAGUGGGCAUCUUACCUGAAUAAAAGAGAGAUUACGAAUGAAGAUCUUACUGAGCAAACCGCUGAUAUUCCUGAUUGCAUCUAUUUUGAAGGUUUGCCAUGUAAAUGGUUUGCACUAAAGGGCUCAAAUAGUGAAAAGCCGAGUGAAGAUGUUUUAAGAGUGGUGUUCAAAAGCUUUGGAAAGAUCAAGAACAUAGAUAUCCCUAUGCUUGAUCCUUAUAGAGAAGAAAUGGUGGGAGGAAAUUUAAAUAACUUCCUUUUUGGAGGUCUACAGACAUUUGAAGCUUUUGUGCAGUACCAAGAGUACACGGCUUUUGUGAAAGCUAUGGAGUCACUUAGGGGAAUGAAGCUGAUGUUUAAAGGGGAUGAUGGAAAAGCUCUGGCAUGUAACAUGAAGGUGACUUUUGAUACAACCAAACAUUUCAGCAAAGGAGCUAUCAAAAAGAGAAGGCUGGAAAGACAAAAGCUGCAAGAGCUAGAGCAAGAAAGAAAAAGGGAAAAAAAGAGAGAGGAAGAGGAGGCUGCAAGAAAAAGACGUGAUGAUGAAAAAAUUGCUCGAGAAAGAAAAAGGAAGGCUAAGCUCAAGAGGAGAGAACACAGGCAGAUAGAUCGGGAUGAGAAACGCCCAAGAAAGCAGCAGAAGGUAACAGCUGAAGAAGAGCAGUGGCCAGAGAAUAUGCCUGAAUGGGAAGAGAGGAAAUAUCUACUAGCUCAGAGAAGAGUGGAGUCUAUAAGGCUGCUUACAGUGCUGUUAAGCCGAGUAAAAGAUUUUGCACAGUUGACCAGCCAAAAAGUGGAGCCCUUGCUGUACCCUGAAGAAAUAAGAAAGGAUUGCUUUCCUGAGACGGAGUUCCAAAAUGCACAGACAGAGCAGAGAGAAUCCCGUUAUUUUCUACACAAAGAACUGAAGGAUAAGAAAAAAUUUAGCAGUCAGUUCUUCCAAACGGGUAACACCUCUUUUAGUGAGGAAGAGGUGCCAAGUAAUCCUGCCUCACCUUGUCAUCUUGUGAGAACGAUCUUAAAUGAUGCAACUGCAGUAGCAAGCACUGAUAAAUUAACUGGCAGGGAUGAGUACAGCUCCCCUGGCUGUGGGUCUUUACAGAUUACAGUUACUCAAGACUGCAAGGUUAUAGAAUCCCUUGAGAGAGAAGACUGUCCUCCUUUGAAGACAGUGCACUCUGGAAAAGUGUCUGGUACAGGGUACUGCAAAAAGCAAAAGAUUUAUGAAACUGAUGAGUUUAUACAUUAUUUAUUAAACUAUUAUCAAACUCCAAGCUACGCACGUGUCUGCCUAGAGCCAAAAAGCACCGUUAGCAAGUCUUGGUGGCAGAGGAUAGUGUCUGAUAAUGGGAAUGGCUUUCAGAUCAACUUGAAGAACAAAUAUGGGCGACGCUUUACAGAAGUGAGUUUUGUACAAAACCCCGACAAGGGAAAUUGUAGCGGGGAUGAUAAUUAUAGAUGGGAGAUCACGAUUCGGAAAUCAGAGCCUACAGAGAGUGUGUCAAAAAACAACGCCUAUGCUGGAGGGUUUACAACAAAGUUCCAAGUACAGUGGAACGACUCACUUGAUAUUGCUAAUUUACCAUAUGCUGAAUUUAAUAAUUCUUCUUUUGGAGGCACUAAUACUAGUCACGAUAAAAAAUCCAAAGACGACAAUAACAGAAGAGAAGUUGCCCCACCAUACACACCCUCAGGCUCUGCAUACAAAUUCAGGGAUUUAAUGGAAGAGAUCAGUAGUGAUUCUGAGUAUUUUAGUGAGGCAAAGAGAACAGAAAGAAGAUAUAAAGAUGUUUACAGUGAUGGCAAUAAAGCAUGGUCCCUCCCAAGAGAGAUGGAGAGAAAAUUCGUUGUCUGUGUUAAAAACGUAGGUCAAAAUUAUCCAGAAAAUGAAUCCAGCAAAUGUAGCUUCUGUUCAAAUUCUGCCCCUGGUGGCUUGACAAAGCAGUGUAGACAUAAGCUUAAAAAAUCAUACAAGAGGUGCAGUAGUAAAUUGAGUCACGAAGGGCGAAAAAGUGAGUGGAAAUCCAAUGAAGAGGCGAUAAAUACCCCCAAAAAGAAGAAAAAGAGAAAAAAGCCCUCCCCUGACAUUUUACCUGAUGAACAUGGCUUCUCUGAAAUGGAGAGUUGGAGACAGUUGGAAUCUCUCAAAAAGAUACAGAGAAAAUGUAGCAAAAUGUUCCACCAUAAGAUGAAAUUCAAAACCCUUCAUGUGUUGGCAGCAGCAUCAAAAGAUGCCAUCCAUGCUGAUGCCUCUCUGCUUCAGAGAUCUCGCCAAAGGGCCGGUGAGGUGGGGGAAGUGAAAUAG